UCCAGUUUCCUCCCCCCACAGGAUGAGUACGAGCUACUCAACUACAGUCAGCAGCUGAGGGAACGUCUGGACGCUUUCACCCGGGACUUCAUCCCCCAUAUGAAGGAGGAGGAAGAGGUAUUCCAGCCCCUGCUGAUGGAGUAUUUCUCCUACGAUGAGCUGAAGGAUAUAAAGGUGAAGGUAUUAGCGCGGCAUGGCCACGUGGACACGGUGGAGGUCCUGAAGGAGCUGCAGCUGAGGAACCAGCCCGACGACCAACAAAAACUCGACAAGAACCGUCCGAGCAGUAACCGAACCCCCCCAGGUACAGGUGAGAACUGCGUUUGUAUCGCGCAGUCCGCCCGCUAACCCUUCCCCGAGGCC